AACAGGAAACUGUGCCACUGUGAGCUUGACAUCUUAAAACAGAACAACUCACUCAGAAAUCUGCCUGAAAAUGCUGCCAAACCGGAUCAUAACUCUCCUCAUCAAUUUAAUCUUCAUGUUCUCCGCUGGUAAAUUUGUCUCUUCAUGUAUCUACAAAGCUGUGGGUGACAAAGUUGUGAUUUCAUUUGAUGAUGCAAUAUUACAAAAGGACAAUGAACUGAAAUGGACACAUGAUAAACAGAAAGUUUAUUUAAGAAAAGGCUCCCAAAUUAAGCUCAACCAGCUCAACGUUAGUGAAGAUGGAUCUCUGAUACUGGAGAACAUACAGAAAGAUCAAUCUGGAGAGUACAAGGGCAUCAUCUAUGAUACAGAUGGAAAGUUAAUAACGGAAACCGUGCAACAGCUCUGUGUUCUGGAGCCAGUGCCUGAACCUACAGUCCUCUUUGAGUGUGUCGAAAAAGGAGUAAAUCUGAAUUGUAGUGCAGUGAACAAUGCUGAGGUGGUUGUGUCCUGGAUGAAAAAUGGCAUUAAGACUAGUGCGACUCGUCUCUUUUUACAUGUCACUUCAUCUGAGCUCAAAUCUGGAGAUAAUUUCUCAUGCACAGUCAGCAACCAGAUAAGCAAGAAGUCAGCAGAAGUAGUUAAGCCAGGUUGCGUUGUAACAGAUUUACACACAACAACUGCCAAUGAAGACAAAACAAGAGAAAUGAACAACCAGAGUGAAAAUAAAAAUAUAAAAGGUAAUUGCUCAUAGACAUUUCUAGGCUUGGAACUGUGGUUGAUGCUGGUGAUCCUGAUAGGAGGAGGAAGUUUCCUCAUACUCUUCAUCAUCUGCCUCAUCUGUGUCUGCCGAUGGUACAGACGAAACAAGAGGAAGGCAAAAGAGGAAGAAGAGUACCGGCUUACAUCUCUAAUGCCAGAUCACACAGAUCCGCCUGAUGAGCAGUACAUGCAAACCACAUCUCAGAGGUCUUCUAAAAGCCAGCGUCCUCUUCCACCGUUACCCAGCACCCAA